GCCGUCUGUCCUCAAUUCGAGCGAGUCGGAGCGACGAAUCUUUCUAAUCGUUAUGGAGUCACGGAAACGAACGCAUGCCGAAGAUGCAGACCCUGUAGUGACGAAGAAACGCGCGGUGUCGAAUGGCUACGGAUCGCCGACCCGCGUGAAUGGCGUGGCCACAGAGGUGGAUGAACCCAAGGAGAACGAUGAACUCGAGUCAUUCCGCAAAGAGGCCAUCUUUCGGCGGAUGAAGCACUAUUCUCGUGAACAUGAGAGGAGCCAACAUCGGAUAGAGGAACUUGAACGACGGCGGAAUGCAUGUGAAGCAGGGUUAUCUGCCAUCCAAGCCUGCUGGACGCAGUUAAUUGACACGAUACGACUACUGGUCAAACCCGAGGCAUUAUCCUCAGCCAGUGUCGACACGACAGGCCUCUUCGACAUGUCGACACAUGUGGACUCUGAAUCAUCGCCUGAAUUGGAGAAGGCCCUCCAGGAGCAGAUGAAUGCCACACGGGAGCUGGUAGCUUCAUUUGUUCAGAUGGGGUCGCAGACACGAGCGGCUUUGUCUGCGGAUGAUAUGUACAUAACCUGUCAAAAGGCUCGUACCGAGUGUACCGCUCUUCGCUCUGAGGUACAAGUAAUGCGGGCCAGGCUCGAGGAUGCAGAAUCGGAGAAAGAGAAUUAUCACUCGCGCCUGGUAGCCGCAGAGAACCGUUUGGAGAGAUUGUCUAGUCGCACUAUUCCCCAGUCCGACUCCCGCUCUAGUGCCCCGCCAGAGAAGCAUACACCGAAGGAGGAACCGGUUGCAAAUGCGCCUUCACCUACGAAGGUGAAAGUGGAGGACGUACAGAUGAAGGAUGAGAGCGAUGGACAACCACCAACUGCACAGCACGGAGAAGCCAGUUCUCCGACUGAGGACACCAUGCCAAAUGGUACUGGGCGGCCGAGUGCUGAGGAGAUGGACGACUGGCGAGAGAUUGCUGCGAUGAGGGAGAAAGAGAUUCGUCGGCUAGAGGAAGAGAUAACCGCGCUCCGGGAAGAGCAGCUCGCCCUCGCCGUGGAUCAAAAAGUGCCCUCAGACGAGACACUUCAGAAGAUGCCGUUGUGGAAAGCGGUGUAUCAGGAGUUCAGUCACGCGACCUGGCAAAGGUCGGAUCUUGAGGAGCAACUCAAGAAAGCCCAGGAGGAGGUCAGUGAACUUAGGGUGAAGCUUGCAGAAGAGGCGGAGAAGGGAAAUGCUCAGGUUGCGAAAAUCCAGCAAGAGUACUCGAACGUGAUAGCCAAGCGCGACGCGGAUCUCGUCCGCCUGCGAGAGCAGCGGGAUCAGCAAGCGGCGGAGCUGUCGGAGCGGAAGCACAAGGAUUCGGAGCGUGUUGCUGCGUUGGAGUCUGAGGUGAAGAGGUUAAGGACGAGGAUGGCGGCGUCGACGGGUGAUGAGGAUCUCGUUGCGUUUUUGUUCAGCGAUGAGUCUGUGCACGGGAAGACGUAUGUCGAUGAGCUUCGGACCCGUCUUGAAGAGGCCGAGACUAAGCUCAGUGCCCUGCAAGAAUCCCUGUCUUCAUUGAACCAAGAACAUCCCGACGUCGCUCAGCAUGUGCAAUCCGAAGCCGAAGCCCGCGAACAGGUAGCGCAGUUAAGCAAGGAGCUGGAAAAGUAUCGUUCCAUAUACGGUGACGCUUCUUCUGGCUCUUCCUCGGAUUCUCCUGGUCAACUUCGGGAGAAGGAGGAGGAGCUUCAAAAACUGAGGUUGCAGUUGAAGCAGCAGACGCAAGCUGAAAGUGCGCUGUACACUGAGGUGGAGAAGUUGUCGGCUGCUUGGGAGGCGCUGGAUAAGCAGGUGAAGAACAAGGUCUUCGAUCUGUCUGCUCUGGAAGAGAAGCUGUCCAGGGCACUCGCAGACAGAGCUAAGAUCGAGAAUAAGUUCUACGCUGCUAUGCGAGAUAAGGAGGCUGUGGAGUUCGAGCGGAAGAGCUUAGUGCGGAAUAUCGAGAAGAAUGGGAAGAGCAUGGAGUCGGUCAUUGCGGCAGAGAAGAAUCUGCUCGCGCAGGUGAAACUACUGGAGGGCGAGCAGGCAGAAUCUAGGAAGAUAGUCCAAAAGUACGGGCCCGAGAUCCAUAGGUUGACGGACCAGCUGAAGGACUACGAGUUGAAAUUGGAGGCCGAAAAGACCAAGGCUGCGCAGUGCAAGACGGAACUCAAGCAGAUAUUGGAUAAACACUACACGCAACAGGCAGAACUGCGGCGCCGUGAGGAGGCGAUUAGGAGGAAGGAGAAGGAGGUGGAGCGGCUGCAAGCUACAGCGCAGAGUAAGCUGCGCAGCUUGUCGAGCCAGGGAGGUGCCAAAGGGAAGGAGCAUGAGCGGGAGGAGGAGCUGCAGGGCGAAGUGGACAAGCUCAUGAGCGUGCUCAAGUGCUCUACUUGCAGACAGAAUAUGCGGAAUGCGGUGAUCACCAAAUGCAUGCAUUCCUUCUGCAAGCAGUGCGUGGAGGCGCGGAUAUCGACUCGGCAACGCAAAUGCCCAGCUUGUAAUCUGCCCUUCGGCCAACAGGACGUGCAACCACUGUACUUCCAGUAAUGCUCUAUCUUGGCGAGUGUACGUAGCUGGUGCUCCUUGCUUUCGUUGCAAUUGUCGCUCCUUUAUCCAGGCAAAGGUGUAUUCAUUAAUGAUUCCAGACGCUGUGCUCACUUAUGUGCCUUAUGUUUAUUUCGUUCCUAUAUCAUCUCCGUCGUGGCUCUCUGUGUUGUCUUGGUUUUAGUUAGAUCGUAUUGUCAUCUAGUGUCAUUGUUAUAUAGUACUCCGCU